ACUGCCCAUGGGUCAACCUAAACGAGAGCAAGAUAAGAAGUGUGACUGAACAGACGGAAACUUUUUCAAAAAUAAGAUGCCCUACUCUGAAAACCAAGGAGAUGUUGCAUAGAGAUUAUUUUGGUACAAAGUAGCUAAAAAUAGGUUACGAAGUACAUAGAAUAUUGAGCAAAAGAGGCGAAUAUACGCAAACGGUGUUGUCCAAAGAAAAAGCAAUAAAGCGAAAGUAUUGUUAUACAAUUGCAAAAGUGACUGACCUACCUAUGACACUUUUAAAAGUUUUAUGCUUACAUGGUUAUAGACAGAAUGCUGAUAUUUUUCGAGAAAAGACAGGUGGAUUUCGAAAGUCACUGAAAAAAUUUUGUGAAUUUAGUUUUUUAUGUGCACCGAAUAUGGUAGAGAAUUCCACUGCAAAUGAUUGUGCUUGGUGGUUUUCUAAUCCUCAAGGUUUUUCUGCCCAAGAAUACAGUGAUUAUGACGCUGGUCUCCGUGAAUCAUUGGCAAUUGUUAAAAAACAUAUGGAAGAAGAGGGUCCUUUCGAUGGAAUUAUUGGUUUUAGUCAGGGUGCAGCAUUUCUCUUGAUAUUGCAGAUUAUUAUGGAGCAUAAACUGUAUGAUUUUUCAGAUUGGAAUAUGAAACCGAUUAAAUUCACAGUAUUGGUAGCACCCUUCCUCAGUCGUUGUUCACUUCAUAAAAAUAUUUAUGCUUAUAAGUCAACAAUGCCAAGUUUGAUUGUUUGCGGUAAAACUGACUCAGUGAUUUCUAGAGAUGCAAGACGUUUCAACCGCAGAAGUGCGAUUACAAAAUUUUCCCUACAAACCACCACUUGAAUACAAAAUUUUCGUUUAGAAGCAUCUCUGUUUCAUCCUGUUCUCUGCUGUCCUCCACAACUCCCCAUACGCACUCCUCUUUCCCAUGUCACUUUCUGAUAUUCAACUUGUCGUUUCCAAUUCUGGUUCUACUCGAACGAUGGUCUAGUGCGCUGUGUCACUCAAUGGUCCCUUCAAUGUGUGUCUGAUCCAUCCGUCUCCAUUUCCAUCGGAACAUUCGUUCUUACAUAUAAACCUAAUUUCUUAUAUGUCAUUUUACAUGCCUAUUUGUAUUUCUUUCACCCCAGUAAUUGACUAUUGAUCUAAUUUUAAAUCUGAUUGGCUGUUCACUGCUUAAUUUAUCGAUAACAUUAGUGCCUCUCAAGGUCAUUUUUAACAUACGUAUACUCAAGUGGUAUUAACCUUUUUUCGACUGUUGUUUCGAAACAGUAAGAGUACUCUUAUUAACGUCCAGUCUUUUCCUCUGUCUCUGCGUGCCAGCAGUGUAAUUGUUGACGUGCCGUGAGGACAGAUGAGCCAGCACAUUAAGUUAGUAUUCGUUCAUAGUCUACUAGGUCGUAGUUCCAGUCAUAACACGUUGGUCAGUGGGUUCUUGGUUUGUUUGUUCCCAGAAUUCCCUGUUGCUUAUCCUUUCUGGCCGUCUGAUCUUUAGUAUGGAGCCAGCGAAGGCAGUUUUUGACGGGAGUUUGCAGCUUGUUGGAAAUGCUUUCGGUGACGCGCCAAAGAAAUCUACUUGUAGAAUUUUUUAUUUCGAAACAUUCUUCAUGAAUAUUUCACAUUCAUGAUUUCAUAUGACAGAAAUCAUACUUCCUAGCAUAAUAUGCUAUCUAUCCAUUCUUGAAUUAUGAUAUACACGGAAGCUUUGUAAUGUCAGUACAACACUUUGCGAUAGCAGUGUCUGCCUUCUAACCAUUUAAGUCUUUUCGAUUAUAAGUUUUUAACAAAACCCAGUCGUUUUACAGUAAAACCCAAGGAAUAUAAUAUUGUUUAUGCAUAUGAUGCAUUUCAUUUCACAAUGCUUCUUAAAGUUACUUAGUACAGCACCAAAGAAUACGUCUAUUACCUUUUCGACAAAUCCCCC